UUAAGACAGUGUUUUGUGGGGCUCUCAAGAGCUAUGAUGCACUGACACGAACCUCGAGGCUCUUUGUUAAGAAAGCAACAAGUGCGAAGUCCUCCAACCCUUCGCACUUGAUCGACAGCCCCCGGCCACAAUGGCCUCGUCGAUACCCCUCCAACUCGCCGAGACAGUGCAAACCGCACAUCUCCAGCGCAACCCCUCGCCGCAGCACGACCUGAACCCGUCGACAGCGGCCUCCAAGAAAGAGCCCGUCCACCUCGAGCCCGUGCUCCCCGACGAAGGCGGCCUCGACGAUGACGGCGUAGUCAGCCACAGCGGAGGGGAAUCCGAGGAAGAGGAGGUCGAGGACGACGAGGUCUACCCGUCGUCGCGCAUCAAGCCGCAUCCGCGCCGCCGCCACCUCCCGCCCAUGCCCGAUCUGCGCUUCGAGCAGAGCUACCUGUGGAGCAUACGGAAUGCAGACACGUGGUGGAAGGUUGGGUGGAUCACCGUUCGGGAUCAGGUCAUGAUGCCGUUUGUGCAGGGGAUUCUGUACAACUUGGCGAUCUGCGGAUGGCAGCACUGGAACCGCAACGCACGUAUUCAUGGGUCGUCGAUUGGGGCCAGGUUGAGGCGGUGGUGGUAUGGGGUCAAUAACUGGCCGAUACCGCCCGAGAGGAAGGUUAGCCUGGUAAAGAGGACGCGGUAGUCACGGGGAAGGAGGGGAAGGGAGAGCGUGGAUUAGGUUGAUAUGCUAACAUAGAGUCUGGUGUCGUGGCGUUUGGGUGAUUCUUUGCAUAACGAGGGCAUCGAGACUCGCGGCCCAUGCCUCCAAACAGACAAGUCUAUUACUAUCGGCCCAAGUUUCCGAGCCUAUGUCAAACG